UCGAACGACUUUUUAUUUCCUCUUUCGUAUUCUCACGCACGCACAUUUCCAAUUUUUCUCAUUUUGACGCAACGUAGAAAAGUGAAGCAGAGACACGGAGGAAGGAAGAAGCAGUGGCCAGACCAACAAAGUCUCGUGCUUUUCUUCAUUCUCUCCCACAUUCCUCUCUCUCUCUCUCUCUCUCUCUCUCUCUCUCUCUCUCUCUUGCUCUCCGUUAACUCAUUGUAAGUUCGCUCACAUUUCUUUGAUUCUUCCAAGCUCCGAUCUUCGUUGAAGUGGCUGCAAUUCCAAUUGCUUGUUAUUGUCUUCUUCUCUCUGAUUCCGAUCUAAUUCUGAGUUUCAUUUCUCUUUAUCAAUAUUUGGACGAAAAAGUCAAAAUGUUUUGUUUUUUUGGUUGAUUCACUGCUGCUGUUCUGAUCACCCUUUUUGUCCGUUUCAAUUUUGGCUAGUUUUGUUCGUAUUUUCAAAGAACAGGUAGGCCAGAGGUUUUGUCACCGUGCGUUUGAGGCUUUUGUCAGCAUUUGUUUAUCAAAAGCAGCUGAAUGAGUGGGGUUUCAUGGAUGUAGAAGCAUUGUAACUUGUGCUACCCAUCAAGAGCUUUCCAGGCACUUCUCAUAACAAUGGUUCUGGGGAUAAGAACAAAGAGCAGGAAGAGCACAGCUGUUCAGGUUGAUUACCUUAUCCAUGUACAGGAGAUUAAACCAUGGCCCUCAUCUCAGGCUUUGAGAUCUGUACAGUCUGUGUUGCUUCAAUGGGAAAAUGGUGAUCAAGCUUCUGGAUCCUUUACUUGUAAUGUUGGAGAUGGGAAGAUCGAAUUCGGGGAGUCUUUCACCCUUCCAGUCACUUUGUACAGGGAGAAAUCAAGAAAAAGCACUGUACGUGACACUUACCAGAAGAACAACUUGGAAUUUUACUUGUAUGAACCUCGAAAAGACAAGGCAGUGAAAGGUCAACUAUUGGCAUCAGCUGUGAUAAAUCUUGCAGACUAUGGGAUCAUCAUAGAAACCAGAAAUGUGAGCACUCCAUUGAACUGGAAGAAAAGUUUUAAGAGUUCCGCUCAACCGGUUCUUUAUGUUAAUGUUCAGCCAUGUGUUAAACCUAGCUCCAGCUUGUCACCAAAGGGCAGCUUGUCCAGAGAAGUGUCUCUGGAGAAUGAUGGAACUGAAUCUGUUCCAGAGUCUAUGAAUGAUGGCAAUGAUGAGAUUGCCUCAUUUACUGAUGAUGAUGAAGAUGAUGAUGAUGGUGUUUCCUCACAUUCAUCACAUACUGUAACCUCCUCUGCUUUUGAGAAAACAGUCAGUUCAUUACCUAGCAGCAGUGAAAAGAAUGAAUCAGAAUCAACAACUGAUAGCACUAGACGGCUUUAUGGGGAGCCUGCUGUUGAGUCAAUAGCAGCACCUGCAAGCACAGGGGCAACUCCAGUGGCUAAAGCAUUCAAAAACCAAAAUGGAAGUUCAUCGCCAUCAUCGUCAAUAGGAUCUUCCUCCAUUCUGCUGAACCCUGCAAAUGACCCUGCUUCUUUGCCUAACGUUCCAAGGGAGAGCUCAAUGCCAACCCUGAAAAAAUCUCUCACUCCCUCUGUUGUUCAAUCAUCUUCUUCAUCCUUUGGCCAUCAAGAAAGCCAUCAAGAAUCUGGUAACCAUAAUAUUAAGGACAACAGAAUUCACAAAACUCUUUCUAACAGCAGUGCCAGAAUGAAUGAAAUUUCUCAAGUGGGUAAUAUUGUCAGUAACCAUGCUACAGAAGGUGCAUCCUCAAGCACGCCUAUUCAGGAGGACACAGACUCAGUAUUUGCAAGCAAUGCAGAUUCGCAAGCUAAUCGAGAGGAUGGUCAUCUCCUAAAGGUGAAAGAAUAUUCAUUUGAUGACAAAUUAGCUUCUAGAUUUUCACAAGAUGCUACCAGAAAGCAAGUCAGGUUAAAGAGUGAAACUUUUACACUAGGCAGGAAUACUGUUGGAGUGCAGGGCAGUAAGGUUAAAAGUAAUGAAUUAAAGCAUGUAAAGUCUUUGCAGUUACCUUUUGUCUCAGCUCAGAACAAUAGACUGCCAAGUAAUAAUGAGUUUGUCGAGAAGUCGAAGGAAGCUGAUAUUCCUGAAGAUGUUCAUGUUCGUGGUAUGAUUAGUGGAACAAGUGAAAGAGAAGAAACAACAACCAGAUUUUCUGAUAGCAAAGUUGACUUGGAGUCCACAAUUGAAUUGCUUAAGGAAGAAUUGAGAGAAGCUGCUGCUGUUGAGGUUGGCCUCUACUCAGUUGCCGCUGAGCAUGGGAGCUCUGCAAAUAAGAUUCAUGCUCCUGCUCGAAGACUGUCUAGAUUCUAUUUUCAUGCUUGCAAAACGAGCUCUCAAGCUAAGAAGGGAAACGCAGCAAGAGCUGCUAUUACUGGAUUGAUUUUGGUGUCUAAAGCAUGUGGAAAUGAUGUUCCAAGGUUGACAUUCUGGUUGUCGAAUUCAAUUGUGUUGAGAGCUAUCAUCAGCCAGACCUUAGGGAAACCACAAAUUUCUGCUCGACCCCGGAAUAAAAUUAAUGCUGGGGGACUUUUAUCAGCAAAGAAGGAAGAGAAUGAUAGGACUCUUGAAAGUUUUGAUAAUUGGGAAGAUCCACAGAUAUUUAUGGCCGCUUUGGAAAAGUUCGAAAGUUGGAUCUUCUCCCGAAUUGUUGAGUCUGUAUGGUGGCAGAAUAUGACUCCAUAUAUGCAGUCAGCAGCUGCAAAGGCCUCAAGCUCAAGGAAAACCUAUGGAAGGAAGUAUGGUUUGGGUGGUCAUGAGCAGGGUAAUUUUUCUAUGGAGCUGUGGAAAAAGGCUUUCAAAGAUGCCUGUGAAAGGCUUUGUCCUGCAAGAGCUGGUGGACAUGAGUGUGGUUGCUUGCCUCUGCUGGCUCGUUUGGUAAUGGAGCAGUUAGUGGAUAGAUUGGAUGUGGCUAUGUUCAAUGCUAUUCUUCGUGAAAAUGCUGAAGAGAUGCCCACAGAUCCUGUGUCUGACCCCAUAAGUGAUUCCAAGGUUCUCCCUAUUCCAGCUGGAAAGUCAAGCUUUGGGGCUGGUGCACAGCUAAAAAACGCGAUUGGAAGCUGGUCCCGAUGGCUUACUGAUCUAUUUGGUAUAGAUGAUAGUGAUGCUCCUGAUGAUGAUACUGAACUCAGUGAUCAAAAGCGACUAAACUGCGAAACAUCCUUCAAAGCUUUCCGUCUUCUUAAUGCUUUGAGUGAUCUGAUGAUGCUUCCAUUUGAUAUGCUUGCAGAUAAAUCCACCAGAAAAGAAGUAUGCCCUACAUUUGGUGCACCACUGAUCAAGAGGGUUCUUUACAAUUUUGUUUCAGACGAGUUUUGCCCAGACCCAAUUCCCGAAGCAGUUUUUGAGGCUCUUGAUUAUGAGGAGAAUUUAGAAGCUGAAGUAGAGUCUGCUUCAAGUUUCCCAUGUGCUGCAAAUCCUACAGUCUAUUCACCACCUCCAGCUGCUUCACUAAUAGGCAUUAUAGGAGAGGUGGGAAGUCCAACUCUCUUGAGGAGUGGGUCAUCAGUGGUUAAGAAAUCAUACACUAGUGAUGAUGAGCUUGAUGAGUUGGAUUCACCGAUGACUGCAAUCAUCAUAGACAAUUCCCCGGUUUCUCCCAGUUCAUUGACAGCCAACUCAGUGCUGAAGUCAAAGGGUGGUCGAAAAGUUGUCAGAUAUCAACUCCUCCGUGAAGUUUGGAAGGAUAGUGAAUGAUCUUCUCUUUCGUGUAUGUAUUUGGCGUGCUUGGGGUGGGUUGUUCAGUGAUCUCUUUACUUUUCACUCUUGUACAGAUAUGAGUUUGUUGUAUACAACCAUAUGAAUGUUAGGGAAGUUUGUUCCAGAGGCAUGGAGCCCUAUUAAUGUUUGAAUAAUGAUUACUUGUAGAGGGAAUUUUUUUGUAUAAUGGAAGCCUUAAUUUUAUUUU